UAGACACUCACUCCGACUGAUCAAGACUACAUGAAUGUAUUCCCACAGAGGUUUUCAACAUGCAUCUACCCAUCCAUCUCAGCACAGCUACUACCUCACUCCCACCGCAUCGAAUACAUCAUGAGCUCCCUCCCACCACAGCAAAUCACGGAAAACCACAGCGUCGAUGCUGAACCAAACAUGGAAGACCAAAACGUCCCUGGCCUCUUCCAACCCCUCCAAGUCCGCGGCCUCACGCUACGCAACCGCAUCGUCGUCUCCCCAAUGGGAAUGUACUCCUCCUACCCCUCCGGCAACCUCACAGAGUUCCACCAGAUGCACCACGGGCAAUUCGCGUUCCGCGGGGCCGCCCUCACCAUCGUCGAGGUCACCGCGGUCCUCGCAAACGGCCGCUCCUCCCCCUCCGACGCAGGCCUCUGGUCCGACGCGCACAUCCCCUCGCACAAGCGGGUCGUCGACUUCGUGCACGGCCUCGAACCCACUGCAGGAGGGCACGCGAAGAUCGGCAUCCAGCUCGGCCACGCAGGCCGCAAAGCCAGCAUGCUGCCCAUCUACCCGGGCCACGCCGUCGUUCGCGCUGAGAAAGCGGACGGAGGAUGGCCGGACGAGGUGUGGGGUGCCAGCCCGGUGCCAUUCAAAGACAAUUACGUCGUGCCCGAGGAGAUGAGCGAGCAGGACAUCCAGACGGUGGUGCAGGCGUUUGGACAAGCCGCCGCCCGCGCCGUGUCCGCCGGGUUCGACUUGAUCGAGAUCCACGGCGCACACGGGUACCUCCUCUCCUCGUUCCUGUCCCCUGCGUCAAACACCCGGCGAGAUGCGUACGGCGGGAGCUUGGAGAACCGCGCGCGCUUCCUGCUGGAGGUGGUGAGGGAGAUACGUUCUUCGAUCCCCGACACAGUGGCGCUGUCCGCAAGGAUAUCGGCAACGGACUGGAUGAUGCAUGCACCCGAGACGCCACAGUUUACAGUCCAAGAUGCUACGCAGCUCGCCCUCGUCCUCGCCGACUCAGGCGUCGACAUCCUCGACGUCUCCUCGGGGGGUAACAACGCUGCCCAGCGCAUACCCUCGACUCCAUCUUACCAGACGUCCCUCGCCGCCCACCUCAAGACGGCGCUGCGGGACGCGGGCAAAGACAUGCUAGUUGCCGCGGUGGGCCGGAUUGCAGAUGCAAGGACGGCGGAGGCGGCGGUGGGAGAGGGGAAGGCGGAUCUGGCGUUGGUAGCGACCGAGUUUUUGAGGGAUGCGGGGCUGGUGUAUCGGUGGGCGGAGGAGCUGGGCGUGGGGAUGGAGUGGCCGCGGCAGUAUGUCAGGGCUGAUAGGGGGGCGGGGGCGAGGAUGGGGACGCUGUAGGAGGGGUGUGAAGGUCUUGGACGGGAGGGUUCUAUGGGGAGUGGGCGUGGCGGAGGACGUGGGCAUGUGUUUUGUCUGCUGGUUAGCCAAUAAUCGCACAAUGCAGCCGUAGUCGGCUCGUGAAGGACGGCUCCGAGACGAGUGCGAAGCAAUGGGUCUGGCCGGGCCGUCCUCGGCUGGCCGGACCCCUGCAGCUGGAGCGCCGCCAUGAUGCACCGCGACAUGCCGCAGCCCAACCCACCGGCUCCUCGAGUCCGACUGCUCACGGCCAGCACGCACACCCGACACACCGCGUCACAAUGGCUCCGCGGCGCAUCGAGCAGCAGGAGA